AUGUCGCUUCUCAAGUGUAAUGUUGUGCUCCUAAGUUUGAUGGCCCUGACAAGUGGCGCUGUUAAUUAUAAUGGCGCUUCAAUCAGGGAAGUGGCCGACGACGUGAUGGUUCACGGUGAAGGGCCGUUUUGGGAUUCUGAAAACAACGUCUUGUAUUUCGUCGACAUUUCACAGCAUCGCGUUUACAGAUUUUACGAAAACCGUUUGGAACAUGUUCAAUUAGACGGCGAUGUGGGUUUUGUGAUCCCGGUUCGUGGACAACAAGGCCUGUUUGUCAUCGGACUGGGUACGACGUUGGCUACUCUUCGGUGGAAUCUCAACGAGAGCACUAACAAAGUCGUUAAGCUGACCACCGUUGACAACAAUAAACCAGGAAACCGAUGGAAUGACGCAAAAGCGGACACCAACGGGAACUUGUGGGCUGGUACCAUGGGAUUCGAGGACGCCGCUGGAAAUAUCCCACCGGGGCGUGGGACUUUGUACAAGCUAAACGACACCAGUUGUUUCAAAAGCCUCGAACCCGUCUUACCGGGCGUUUCCGUUUCCAACGGACUUGCGUGGAACGACGGCAAUACAAAGAUGUAUUACAUAGAUUCGCCGACCAAGCAAAUAGCGGUUUUCAACUACAAUCCUGUUACGGCUUCUAUUUCGAACCGCAAAACGUUCUACGAUUUCAAGACCGACAACAUACCGGGCGUACCGGACGGUAUGACGAUCGACGCCAACGGUGAUCUCUGGAUUGCUAAUUACAAUGGCGCUCAGGUGCUGCAUGUGAGUGGAACCAGUGCAAAGUUGUUGGGCAAGUUGAAGAUCCCCGCCGAAAAGGUUUCAUCUGUCACGUUUGGCGGACCUCAGUUGGACAAACUGUACGUAACGACAAUUAGUCGUGGAGUGUCACCAGAAAAAUUCAAUGAGUAUCCGAUGACGGGAAAGGUAUUAGAGGUAUCUGGUCUCGGAGUCAGAGGCACAAAGAAUAAUCGAAUACGUGAAAAAUGUUUUCGACAGCUGUAA